AUGGGAAGAAAGAAGAAUUGUUUGUUUGUGGAGCCCACAGAGACCCAGAGCUCAACUCAACUGGAUUCCUUUUUGAACUCUCUCCAGCGAAUUAUUUCCGUUAACCAAGAGACGGAAGAAGCGGAGAAAGAAGAAACCAACCAGAGAAGGAACAUGUGGAAGUCUUGUAACUCGACCCACCUCAUCUGUUUCUCCUUUUCAUCUCCGGCCUUGCAGUCCUCACUCCAAUCCUUGCCACUGACCACAUUGUUGGUGCCAACCGUGGCUGGAACCCUGGCAUCAACUACACCCUCUGGGCCAACAACCAAACGUUCUAUGUUUGGGGACCUCAUCUCAUUUAGGUACCCAAAGAACCAGUACAAUGUGUUUGAGGUAAACCAGACUGGGUAUGACAACUGCACCUUGGACAGUGCUGUAGGGAACUGGAGCAGUGGCAAAGACUUCAUACCCCUCAAUCAGGCCAAGAGGUAUUACUUCAUUUGUGGCAAUGGUCAAUGCUACAAUGGCAUGAAGGUCUCUGUUGUUGUCCAUCCUCUGCCUUCGCCACCCAAGGCCGCCCCAAGUGCCCAUAAUUCUUCAUCAGAUUCUGCUGUCCUGGUUGUUCCUCGACAGGGAUUCCGGGCCUUAGCGGUUUCUUUGGCAAUGCUGUGCUUUGGAUUCGGAUGGGUCUAG